AGCAACAUAAUAGAUGGACCUGGAAUUGGGACUCAAAAUCACCAAAACUAGAGAUGACAUUGCUUCCAUCUCUGAAUAUCGAUUAGCAAAAGCAGGACCUGUUUUUCAAUCUAGAGAAACAAACACUGCUUUCAUUCUCACUGCUCAUCUCAAAGGUUUUAAGAAGAAUAACAUUAACAUCAAGAUUAGUGAAGAUGGUAGCAAGAUAUCAGUUAGUGGAGAGAAGCCUGUUCAGAAUAUUUUGAUGAUGGGAUGGUUAAUGCAUAGGAAAGAGGUUGAUGUUGCAGGGUUUAAUAAGGUUUUCAAAAUUCCUGAUGGGGUGAAAUUGGAUGGGAUCAAAGCCAAGUAUGAUGAGGAGGAAUGGAUAAUGAACAUUAUCAUGCCAAAAUUGGUUAAAGGAAUUUGUGGGGUUAAGAUUGAAGAGGUCAAGGAAGAAGAAUCUGAUGGAAGGAGAUCAGAACAAGAGAAAAAUGAAGGUGAUCACAUUCCUAGUGCUGUAGGAGAGACAAGCCAAAAGGGGUCUAAAGAGUCUGAAGUUCAGGAAAUGGAGGAGAGUGAAUGUUCUAUGGAGAAGAAGGAAGAAGUGUCUAACAAGAUGCUUGAUGAUUCCAACAGGAAAAUAACUAAGGAUAUUGUACAUAAAGAAGUAGAAGAAUCUAAAGUUGGAACUGAUGGUGAAAAUGGAGAUAGUUUUAGAGAAGUUGGAAAGGAAGAAUAUGAAGUGAAGAAGACAUCAGAACCAGAGCAAAAAGUUGGAGUAGGCACCUCACAGGAAAUUGGAGAAGCAAGCCAAAAGGAAAUCAAAGAAUUAAAGUUGAAGAAUGAGGAUGGAAGAGUAAAACCAUCAGCAAAGGGGAAAAGUGUAGGUGAAGGUGUGCCUAAAGACAUUGGAGGAGAUACAAGACAAGAUAAAGAGUUGAAGGUUCAAGAAAUGGAGGGCAAUGAAGGUUUUGUAGAGAAGGGGGAGAAAGGAGCAAGUGAAAAUAUGCUUGAUGAUGCCAAUGCAAACAUAAUUGGAGAGGUGAUCCAGAAAGAAGAAGAAUCCAAGUCAGAAAUUAAGGAUAGAGAUGGAGAAAGUGUGAAAGAAAAUAAUGUAAGAACAGGACACAAAGGAAUGAAAAUAUCAGAAAUUGAGCAGAAUGUAGGUGCAGAUGUCACACAGAAUAUUGGAGAUAAAAUCCAAAGAGUAUCUAAAGAUUCUGUUAUAGAACAAAUGGGGGGAAAUAAAAGUAUUGUAGAGAAUACGGAGAGAGAAGAGCCUGAAGAGAUGGUUGUUGAAGCCAAUGUGUCUACUGAGGGAGAGACACUAGGAGAGUCAAAACAAAAACAAUUUGGAGAACCGAGUUCUGAAACUGAGGAUAGACUAAAUGAAAGUCUGAAGGAAAAUAGAAUGGAAACAAUGAAGGCACCACAACUUGACCAAAAUGUAGAUGAUCAGAUUCCUACUAACAUUGGUGGUAUAAACCAAGAAGGAUAUAAGGAGUCCAGGAUUCAAUGGAAGAAGAAAACUAAAAGCAUAAAAGAGAAUUUGGAAGAAGGGAAAUCAGAAAAAAUUCCUAUUCAGGCAAGUAAGGAUGGUAAAAAGCACAUAUAUGACAAGAGCAUGCUAGAGAACAUUAAAAAGCCUAAGAUUCAAAUAGGGAAUGAAGAUCAUGUUCUUCCUAAGAUUGAAACUGGUAAUGGAGAUCAAAUAUAUAAUGGAGUAAAGGCUGGUAAGGAAGAAUUUGAUUUAAUGGAAACAAAGGGAGAAUUUCCUCAGAAGUUACCAAAAGGCACAACUGAGGAAAGCAAAAGGUUGAGUGUUUCAAAAAUGCAAGAAACUGAAGAUGUCAAAGAAGCAAAGAUCAAAACAAAAUGGAAAGAGAAUGAAUAUUUGGUGGAUAAGGAUGAAGGUGAAGAACUCAGAAGGAUGCACAAGCCAGCCAAAAAAGACUUGGCAAAAAACACACUGCAAGAAAAUGAAGAUGUCAAAGGAGCAAUGGACAAAAGAGAAAGGAAAGAGAUUGAAUAUUUUGUGGAUAAAAGUGCAGGUGAAGAGCACAAAAGGAGGCAUAUGGAGGCAAAAAAAGACUUAACAAAAGAGAAGAUGAAAAAGAAUGAAGCAAGAAUGGACAAAAGAGAAGAUAAAGAGAUUGAGUACUUUGUGGAAGCAUCGAAGGACUUAAAAACAAAGAAAAAUCAAGAAAUUGAAGAUAUAAAAGAAGAAAUGUCCAAAAGAAAAGACAAAGGGAUUGAAAAAUUUGAAGAUAAGGGUGAAAGGAAAGAACACAACAGGUUGUAUAUGGAAGCGAAGGACUUCAAAAAAGAGACAAUACAAGAAAAUGAAGAUAUCGAAGCAAUGCUAAAAAGAGGAGGCAAAAAUAAUGAACAUUUUGGGGAUAAGCGUGGUGAAAACCCCGAAAGGAUGCAUAUGGAAUCAAGGAAGAACAUAGCAAAGGAGAGAAUGCAAGAAACAUAUGAUGUCAAAGAAGCAACCGUUAUAAGAAAAGGAGAAGAGAUUGGAAAUUUUACAGAUAAGGGUGAAGGUGAAGAACCCACAAAGAUGAUUACGCAUGCAAAGAAAGAGUUAACAAAAGAAACAGAACAAGAAAAUGAAAAAGUAAACGAAUCUAUGCUCAAAACGAAAGACAAAGAAAUUGAACAUUUUGUUGAAAAGGGUGAACCCAAAAGCAUGUAUAUGGAGCCAAAGAAGGGCUUAACAGCAAAGACCAUGCAAGAAAGUGAAAAUGUCAGAGAAGCAAUGGUCAAAGGAGAAGGCAACGGUUAUAAAUAUUUUGUGAAUAAAGGUGUAAGUGAAGAACCCGAAAGGAUGCAUAUAGAACCAAAGAAGGACAUGGCAAAAGAGAAAUUGCAAGAAAUAGAAGGUUCCAAAGAAGCAAUUGUCAAAAUAAAAGGCAAAGAAAUUGAAAAUUUUGUUGUUAAGGAUGGAGGUGAAGAAAACAAGAAGAUGAAUAUGAAACUAAAGAAAGAGUCAACAAAAGAAACAAAGCAAGGAAGUGAAAAUGUCAAAGAAGUCAUGAGGAAAAUGAAAGGCAAAGAGACUAAAUAUUUUGUACACAAGGGUGAAGGUGAAGAACCCAAAAGCUUGAAUGUGGAAGCGAAAAAGGAAGAUGAUAGAGAAUGCAAAGAUUGUGAAUGUUUUGUGGAUAAGGGUGAAGGUGAAGAGACCAAAAGGAUGCUAAUGGAACCAAAGAACGUAGCAAAAGAGACAAUGCAAGAAAUAAAAGGUGUCAAGGAAGCAAUGGUCAAAAGAAAAGGCAAAGAGAUUGAAAAUUUGGCUGAUAAGGAUGAAGCUGGGGAACUCACAAAGAUGCUUGCGAAGUCAAACAAAGAGUUAACAAAAGAAAAAAGGCAACAAAGUGAAAAAAUUAGAGAAGCUAUGGUCAAACGGAAAGGCAAAGAGACUGAAUAUUUUGCAGAUAAGGGUGAAGAUAAAGAACCCAAAAGCAUGUAUGUGGAAGAUAAGAAGGACUUAACAACAAAGACUACACAAGAAAGUGAAGAACCCAAAAGGAUGCAUAUCAAACCAAAGGCCAUAAGAAAAGAGACAAUACCAAAAACUGCUGUCAAAGAGGCAAAGGUCAAAACAAAAGACAAAGAGAUUGGAAAUUUUGUUGACAAGUAUGAUGGUGAAGAACACAUAAAGAUGCUCGUGAAAGAGUUACCAAAAGAAAGAGACAAAGAAAGAGAAAAAGUCAAAGAAGUUAUGGUCCAAAAGAAUGUCAAAGAAACUGAAUAUUCUAUUGAUAAGGAUGAAGAUGAAGAACCCAUAAACAUGCAUGUGGAAGCAGAGAAGGACUUAACAUCAAACAGUAUACUAGAAAAUGAAGAUGUGAGAGAAGAAGUGGUCGAAACAGAAGCCAAAGGUUAUGAAUAUUUUGUUGAUAAGGGUGAGAGUGAAGAACUUAAAAUGAUAAAUACGGAAGCAAAGAAGAACACAGGAAGAGAGUCAAUGCAAGAAACAAAAGGUGCAAAAGAAGCAAUGGCUAAAAGAAAAGGCGAAGAGAUUGGAAGUUUUGAAAAGGGUGAAGAUAAAGAGACUAAAAAGGUGCAUGUGGAAGACAAGAAGGACUUGACAACAGUGACAGUGCAGGAAAGUGAUGGUGCCGAUGAAGGCAAUGAAAACAAAUGCUUUUCGGAUGAGGGCGAAGAUGAAGAACCCAACAGGAUGUAUAUGGAAACAAAAAAGGAUUUUAGAGAAGAGACAUUGCAUGAAAGUGAAAAUGUAAAAAAUGUGAAGGUAAAAAGUGAAGGCAAAGACAUUGAAAGUUUUGCAGAUAAGAGUGCAGACAAAGAAUCAAUAAGGAUGCUUAUGGGAACAAAGAGAGACUUGACAAAAGAGGAAGUGCAUGAAAAAGACGAUGUCAAAGAAACUAUGAUCAAAAGGAAGGGUAAAGAGAUUGAGUAUUUUGUGGAUAACAGUGAAGGUGAAGUUGAAGAACCCAAAAGGAUGCACAUUGAAGAAAAGAAAGACCUAGCAACAAAGACAAUGCAUGAAAUUGAAGAUGCCAAUGAAGUCAUGCUCAAAAGCAAAGACAAGGAGAUUGAAAAUUCUGCGGAUAAAGCUAAAGCUAAAGAAUCCAAAAUUAGGGAAACAAAGAAAGACUCAACAAAAGUGAAAAUGAAAGAAAGUGAUGAUACCAGAGAAGCAAUGGUCAAAAUAAAAGGUAAAGAGGUUGAAUGUUUUGUGGAUAAGGGAGAAGAACCGAAAUGGAUGCAUACGGAAGCAAAGAAGGACUUAACAACCAAGACAAGAGAAGCGAUGGUCAAAAGAGAAGGGGAAGAAGAGAUGAACUAUUUUCUGGAAAAGGGAGAAGAUGAGAAAUACAUACCAAAAGAGAAAAUUCAGAUGGUCGAGAAGAUUAAGCAUGGAAUUACGGAUAAUGAUCAAAGAAAUGUACUAGGAAAAACUACUGAAGGAAAAUCUGAAGUACCAACUGAAGAGGGUCCCAAGCCGCUGGGGGGACAAGAUGGAAGUAGAGGACUUAAGGUUUCAAACAUGGAUGACCCAAAAGAAAUUAUCAAAGAAGAAAUGACUGAAACAGAAAAUUUAAUGGAAAAGGUUCAAGGACAAAAGUCUAAGAAGGGCGAAGAAGCAAGGAGAGUUGUUCAGAAAAACCCAGCAACUGAGAUCUUACAGAAAGAAACUGAGGAGUCCAACAAUGAAAGGAAGUCCAGAGAAGGACCAAAUGUACCAAACAAUAUGGUCAAAGUCGUAUUUGAAGUGUUGGGGACUUUUCAGGCAAUGCUUCCCAAGAAGGUGGUGGAAGCAAUUGGCCAUAAUAAGGAUAAGAAUGAAUAUGUUACUGUGAAAUUGAAAGCAGAAGGGUCUAUAAAGAUGCAUGUUGAACCAAAUGAGGCUUUUGAUGAGGAUGAAACUGAGGAAAGAAGUGAGAAAGAAGUUAGAAAACCAAAACUCAAGUCUACUGACCAAAUAAGUGGGAAAGAGAAUGUUGACUUUGGGGUAUUUGAUGGAAGAAAGAGACCAAAAUUACUAGAGAUGGGAGAAACACAAGGCGCAAAAGAAGAAAAUGCACAAAUGGAGGAGUCUGCGAAGAAAAUAAAUGUAGACCAAUCUGAGAAGAUACAAGUGGAAGAAAAAGGAACGAAGUCAUCUCAGUCAUCUCAGAAAGGAAGAGAAGGUCCAAAGAUCCAAACGAUGGUAAAAGAUCAACAUCGUUUACAAGAAGAAAAGGAAAAGCCCUUGGGAAAAACAACAGCAGAAGAUAAGAAGCCUAAAAUGGGAGAAAUAACUCCAGAGAUUGAGAAGGCUAGUGGAUUAGAAAAGGCUGCAGAAAAUUCGCAUGAAAGUACCAAGAAAGAACAUCAAAUAAUGACUCCAAAGAAAGAAGUUGAAAAAUCAAAGAAGGAAGAGGAUUCUCCUAUGCCUACAGCAAGCCAAAGAAAAGAACCUCGUGAAUUAUCACUGCCAAGCAAGGACUACAAAAUUUCAAAGAUGGAGGAAGUACAACAAAAGGAGGGAAAAAGAACCGUGCAUUUACUAGAAGCAACCACUUCUAAAGAAGGAGAUCUUGCACAAGCCAUAGCUACACAUUCAAAAGAAAAAAGUGAGAUUGAUGAGCUACAGGUAAAUCAACUACCAUCUCCGUCUACAGAAAUGUGGAGUAUAGAACCAAGUGAAUUAGAAAAGUAUGGUUUGAAAGAAGAUGGCUCUAAGGCUGUGAGUUUAGAUCAUAUGCAAGAAGGAAAAGAAUUCAUUCAUUCCAUAGAUAGUAAUGCAGCAACAGAACUAGUUGCAGAUGAAACGGCUGAAUCAUCAAAGUUUCCAAUUUCAUCUUCCACUCAACCAUUAGAAGUUGAAGGAAAGGAUAAGAUAAAUGCUAGUAGUGAUGAUGAAUCUCAAGACUCAGAUAUGGACUCUGAAAUAGAUGGGGAAACAUCAAACAAGGGUGAAACAGAAGAAGUUGUACAAAGAGAGACACCACAGCCAGAGUCCCCUGAAGAUCAACAAUGCACCCACAAAGCUUUGGAAGAAAGCAAUGGAACACAUGAAAUAGAAGAAGAAAAGACAGAUGAACAAGGUGAUGAAUCCGAUCAGGAAGACUCCGAAGAGUUGAACGAGCAAAAAGAAUGUGAGGAGGAAGCCAUUGGAGGGAAGAAGGACCAGAAAAGAUCAAAGAAACUUAUCAUUUCGACCAUCAUAGCAGGAUCAGCCCUUCUUGCUUCUGGAAUAUUUCUCGUUAUUCGACAUAGAAGAUCCAUAAAAGGUGCUAAAUAAUAUUCAAAGUGAGUUGAAGUUCACAUUUCUGCUCAACUUUUGAACUCUUGGGAAUUCAACGGAGAAGAACAUGCAGUGGCCUGUUUGCUGUGUACAUGGCAACACCUUUGUUGUUUUGAUUCUGAUGUGCUUGAAGUUGGAAAUGGAAGCAUGAGCACGCACGAAACAAAAUCGUGUCUUGUUCAGCAUUUCAGCAUUAGCUAAGCCAAGGUACCAUGAAGUCAAAUUCAAACGCUUAUUAUUAACUUUUAAAUUAAAAUUAAGGCUUUAAAAAUAAAGAUAUUCUUAAUGAGUUAUGCUGCAUAAUUUUAUUAGUUCUCUGUUUAUUGGUAUGUGUUGUUACCCCACUAAGUGUACCAAAUUCUAAUUUUAUUAUA